AUGGCAUCCAAAGGGCUCCACCUGGUGGUGGUUCUGGCUGCACUGGUUUGCCUUGUGAAGCUGGAAGUUUGGGAAGACCAACUAAAACCAGGGCGUGUACCACUCAUCCCACAUAGACCGUUUGUUGUGGUCUGGAAUGCCCCAACUGAAUCAUGCCGUCUUCGAUUCAACGUGGACUUAGAUUUAAGCAUUUUUGACAUUGUUGCAAAUCUUAACGAAACUCUUAGUGGUCCGAAUGUCACUAUUUUUUACCAUAGUCAUCUCGGAUACUACCCAUACUACACUAACUCUGGCAUACCCAUCAACAGUGGUCUUCCCCAAAACCAAAGCGUUACGAAACAUCUCAGCAAAGCAAGAGUCGAUAUCGAUAAAAUGAUUCCGCAUAAAGAUUUCAGAGGACUUGCCGUCGUUGAUUGGGAAAACUGGCGACCGCAAUGGGUACGCAAUUGGGGCUCUAAAGACAUCUACCGCAACAAAUCUAAGGAGCUAAUUCGUAAACUGCAUCCUAAUUGGCCAGACAGCAAAGUAGAAAAAAAAGCGAAAGAGAGUUUUGAGAAAGCAGGGCUAACAUUUAUGAAUUUGACAUUGGCAUUGGCGGAAAGUAGAAGACCAGAGGGAUUAUGGGGGUUUUACUUAUUCCCGGAUUGCUAUAACUAUGGAUACAAGCAACAUCCACAAAGAUAUACGGGAGAAUGUCCAAACGUAGAGCAUGUUCGCAAUGACCAUCUGAUGUGGUUGUGGAAGCAGAGUACGGCCUUAUACCCAUCCAUCUAUUUGGAUUAUGAACUCAAGUCUUCGCCCAAUACGGUGAAGUUUGUGCACUACAGAGUCAAAGAGGCCAUGAGGAUCGCUUCAAUCGCUCGUACUGACUACACCCUACCGGUAUUUGUGUACUCCAGGCCGUUCUACGCCUACACCUUCAUAGUGCUGUCACAGAGUGACCUGAUCCACACCAUUGGGGAGAGUGCUGCUUUGGGUGUGGCUGGAGUCGUCUUGUGGGGAUCAUCAGAAUAUGCCCGAUCGGAGAAAAACUGUCUGACGGUGAAAAACUACAUCGAUGGCCCCCUCGGUCACUACGUCAUCAACGUCACCUCAGCGGCCAAACUGUGUAGCAAGGCUCUGUGCAAGAAGAACGGCCGCUGUGUACGCAAAAGCCUGGACUCUGCCUCCUAUCUACACCUCAACCCACGAUUCUUCCAAAUCUACCGGAACCCCUCUCCAGCAGGGGGCCCCCUCUUCACCGUCAGGGGUCAUCUCAACAACCACGACAUUCUGGACAUGAAGCAUAAGUUUACCUGUCAGUGCUACCAGGGCUGGACAGGAGUGUACUGUGAGGUUCCCCAAACUCCUGGGCCUAUCCAACCGGACACAGAGGAUUCACCCUAUUCCAGAGAGCAUGGCCUUCUGGGAGAUUUACUGCUCUUGUUGUCGCUGCAUUUUUCCUGUAUUUGUGUUAUAAUGUUUUUAGGUUUAUGUUUGAUUAUUAAGUGUCUUAUAUUGUGA